CGGGGGCCGGGGCGCGGGGGCGCGGCGGGCGCAGGGGCGGGGGACAGGAUGCGGAUGCCGGGGGACUUCCUGUGCCAGCCCCGCGCCCCCGCCCCCGGCCCGGCCCGGCCGCGGCGCCCGCCCCGCGCCCCGGCCUGGCAGUCUGCGCGGGCUGCGGGCACCUGUAGCAGCCCGCACCUCGCGCCGCCCACCCUUGCCCUCGGCCCGGGGUUCCCAGCUGCUUUCCUAUGGGAGACGGCCCGGGCCCUGCUGCGCGCCGUGGUCCGGCCGGGUGCGCGCUGAGUCCCCGGGCCUCCAGGGAGUCUACGCUAACUUGGGCUCUGGAACUCCCCUCGGCGCAGGGCGAGCUCGGCAGCGCUGACAGCGCAAGCGGCACGGAGGAGCGCGCAGCAGGGGCCCCGGGUGGCACCGCGCCUCCGCGGCUCUUGUGGAUGGAGGCGCCUCCAGACGCAGUAGGUUGAGCGCUUGGCCUGCCUGGCCUGCUCCGCUCGGCCCCUGCGUGCGGACCACACCUCCCCUGGCGCAGACGCUGCCCUGCGAGCUGGAGAUGCGGUACCAGCCAGCUCCCCAAGAUCCUGGGCUGACGGCCAGGAUGGAGCUGGGGCCGGCAGCCGCCACUGAGACCUUCAUUCUGGAGCUACACUGUGUGCAGGAUGGCGGUCCCAGGCCUGAUGCCCUCUCAGGUGACAGUGGAGGGAGCGAGGGGAACAGCAGCUCCCAGUGGCCAGCGGGGGCCAGUGAGCGCCUGGGGGAGACCCAGCCUGGACCGCAGCAGCCUCCUGCACUGGAGCCGGAGGAUGAGGAGGAGGAGGUGGAGCUGGAGCUCCUGCCCGUGGACCUGUCAGCGGAGCAGGAGCAGGAGCUGGAGCGGCAGCGGGAGGAGCGGCAGCUGCAGCUUAAAUUGCAAGAGCAGCUGCAGCAGCUGGAGCGGCACCUGGAGCAGCAGCAGCGGCUGGAGCAACAGCAGCAACUGGCGCAGCAGGAGGUGCAGCUGGAGCUGGCCCCUGUGGAGCUGGGUGCCCAGCCGCCGGAGCUGCAGCUGGAGCUGACCCCCGUGCAGCCCGAGCUGCAGCUGGAGCUGGUGCCAGCAGCUGCGGGUGGCGCCGGGCCGCCUGGCCCCGGGGCUCCAGCCACCGUUGUGGUGGCGCCCCCGGGGUACGUGGUGCUGCAGGAGCUCAUGGUGCUGCCCGCUGUGCCCACGUCCACGGUGGUGCCCAUCCCGGGCCCUGCAGGAAGUGCCGCUUUGACGCCAGCGCGGCAGCGGCGGCGGCGCCGGGCCCGAGACAGGCCGACCAUCUGCGGGGAAUGCGGCAAAGGCUUCAGCCGCAGCACAGACCUGGUGCGGCACCAGGCCACGCACACGGGUGAGCGGCCGCACCGCUGCGGGGAAUGCGGCAAGGGCUUCUCGCAGCAUUCCAACCUGGUGACACACCAGCGCAUCCACACGGGUGAGAAGCCCUACGGCUGCUCCUACUGCAGCAAGCGCUUCAGCGAGAGCUCGGCGCUAGUGCAGCACCAGCGCACGCACACCGGGGAGCGGCCCUACGCCUGCGGCGACUGCGGCAAGCGCUUCAGCGUCUCCUCCAACUUGCUGCGCCACCGGCGCACGCACUCGGGCGAGCGGCCCUAUGUGUGCGAGGACUGUGGCGAACGCUUCCGCCACAAGGUGCAGAUCCGCCGCCACGAGCGUCAGCUGCACGGUGCCGGCCGCUCGCGGGGCCUCGGCCUGCUGUGCAGCUCCCGGCCUACCGCUCCUGCUGGCCCAGCGCGCUCGCAGCCAGUGGGCAGCGGGCAGUCCUGCCACAAGGCUCCCUGAGCCCAGUUUGUGGUGGAGGAGGAGCGGUCUCUCCAGACACCGUCCCUGUUCCCUCAGCACGCGCCAGCCGCUGCUCCCUACUCCACUCCUCCCCUGUAUCCCCUACCAAACCCGCAGCCAACGCUUGAAACCACCCACCAGAAGGCAGGGACUGAUGGCCACUGGGCACUGGUCCUGGGGAGGAGUCAGCCAGAGCGCCUGAUGGGAACUCUCUCCAAGUGGCC